CGUUGAACUGCGGUACUUUUCUUAUCUGAUACUUCCUGUUGUGCUUUCUUUUGGGUUGUUUUAUGGUACCGCCUUGAACUGGGAGCUAGUCGUAUAUACAUAUGUCCCGGUGCAUGUAUAUAUUUAACCAACCGUAUUUCACCACCCAGCUAACCAUAACCCGCCAGUGAACGUCAUCGCAACAACCAUAACUCCCAGACACACACUGACUGCACCUAAAAAUGAACAGUGUAGAUAUAGGGCGGUGCAGAAAACGCAUCGUACAAUAUCUAUGGGAUCCCGAGCCCAGGAAUGACGAAGAGCCAGAUGCCUCUAUUUGGUGCCUGGGAGUAGAGUAUGCCUCGCAGCUUCCAAAACCUACAGCAAACACUACUUCCGAGCGGGAUGAGCUUGACGCUGGAACAAGCACAAUAGACGAUGUAACGGCAUAUGGCUGGCCAGCGGCAUUCAUCUCGGACUUCGAGUCGAAGAUCUGGAUGACGUAUCGAUCUGAUUUCCCUCCAAUACCAAGGCCGGACAACGACGAAGCGAAUCAUUCGAUGACGCUAACUGUACGCCUGAGAACCCAGCUAAUGGACCCUCAAGGCUUCACAUCAGACACAGGAUGGGGUUGCAUGAUCAGAUCCGGGCAGAGCUUGCUAGCAAAUGCAAUGCUUACAUUAUGCCUAGGUCGUGCCUGGCGCCGUGGGGACAAAGCAGAAGAAGAGGCCCACCUACUAUCUCUGUUUGCUGAUCACCCCGACGCACCCCUCUCGAUACAUCGAUUUGUUAAACAUGGCGCCGAGUCAUGCGGUAAAUACCCCGGGGAGUGGUUCGGGCCGUCAGCAACCGCUAGAUGUAUAGAGGCACUCUCAGCACAAUGUGGGAAUAUGGCACCUAGAGUAUAUGUCACAAACGAUACCUCAGACGUCUACGAAGAUAGUUUCCUGCGUGUGGCUCGCAAUGGCUCGGGCAGUAUUCAGCCCACACUGAUACUUCUAGGGACUCGGCUGGGAAUUGACAACGUCACGCCAGUGUACUGGGAUGGACUCAAAGCCGUUUUGCAAUUGCCACAGUCGGUAGGUAUCGCAGGAGGUCGUCCUUCCGCGUCUCAUUACUUCAUCGGCACGCAAGGCUCGCAUCUCUUCUAUCUUGAUCCCCAUACCACGCGCCCCGCACUCCCAUACAGCAUCGAUGGUAGAUUCCUCUCCAAUGAGGAAAUCAGUACCUACCACACUCGCCGACUCAGACGCAUUCAUAUACAAGAUAUGGACCCGAGUAUGUUAAUAGGGUUCCUUGUGAAGAACGAAGAUGACUGGGAGGAUUGGAAGGGGCGUAUAGGCUCAAUAGCGGGGAAAAGAAUCAUACAUGUGUUCAAUGGAGCGGAGACUACCUACAACCAAGGUAGAAGGGAGGCACUCGAUGAAGUUGAGGUACUGGAUGACGCCGAAUAGAUAGAACCAAACGCCCGCUACAAAGAGGCGCCACUCCCUUAGCUUCAAAACAGUGAAGAACAGAAUGUGUCAGAGUAAUU